AUUUUUUGUCUAUCAACAUUAGGAAAGGAAUGAUAGCCUUGUUUUUUUGUCACAGGACCGAAACAAAUAAAUUACCGGAAUUGCCUGUUAUCGAUUUGUUUAGCUACACCAGAAGACAUGUACUGGUUUGUGCAGACUUUCGUAUUUGGCAAAAUUACCAGGAUGAACAUAGGCGUUCAAAUGGCUCAUCACACAAUUUUCAUCGUUGCAGUGCUGCUUUGUUGUGUCUGUUUGACAGUUUCAUCAAAUGGGAAAGUAUCCGUCAUUGAUCUACCUUACGUUUCCGGAGAAUGGUAUUGGAAACUGCGUUUCUUUUAUCCAGUCAGUGAAAGCGUGGAUGGAAAUGUUGGUGAACUACAGAACUAUACGUUUAUUCCGAAGACAACCUCAUCUAAUGUACAUACAAAUGAAACUAUAAAAUCAGAUAACCAACUAAUUAGUAUUAAUUUGGUUAUGUCCACAGAAGGUUCCAAACUACAGAAAUGUGUUUUGUUGUUAACAGUAGAGCAGGAUGAGGAAUACUUUGCAUGGACAAAUAUGACAUUAAUAUAUCAGUUCGCUGAGCCUUUAUCCACUUUAUCACAAUCUGAAUUACCUACUUCUGAAGCCAAAAUUUCUACUUCGUCUGAUCAAAAAUUUUUAACUCGUACUGAUGAAGUGUAUGUGUGUGAUACAGAAAUACCAAUUAAAUUUGGUCACAAUGUUGAGAUUGUCUUUAAUUCAAUGACAUUUCAAGCAUUUAAAGCUGAAGAAACAAUUAGACCAGAUCGCUUACGAGAAGUUUGUCCACGUGACUUCAAGAGUAAUAUACCAAUUACAGCGUUGACUGGAGUUUCAUUGCUUGUUGUGGUAGUACUUAUUGUUUCAGUAUUUGGAAUAAAUGCUUAUUUGGCUCAUCGUAAACGGAAGCAGCACUAAACGAAUUUGUUUUAUUUAUUGUACAUGAGUAACUUAUCUAAGUAAAUAUAGGCUUAUUGUAUCGUCUACAGAAUCCUUAUCAGUUUCACUGCUUUUCAAACAUUGAACUUUUAUGCACAUUGUCUACAGUUAUGCUGUUGAGCUUCACUGUUGUUAAUAAAUUUAUUGUAUGCAGUGCUCUUUAUUUGUGAUUAGCAGUUUUAGUUCUUAAUUUAGAAAAAAAAUUUAAUUAUAUAUUCAUUAUUUGUUAAUUUUUCAUGCCUUGGUGCAUGUACAUGAUCUUCAAUGUUUAUUGCACAUUAAUUUGUUGUAACAGAAGUGAAAUAUCUUUAGUGUUCCCUUAUUUUUACUCUCUCUCUCUUCAUAUAUAUAUGUGUGUAUAAUUUAAAGAAAAAAGAUAUGAGAUGAAGUAAAUGAAUGACUAUGAAGAGAAUCAAAUAUUUUUAUGGAUUAAUACUUUUGAUUUUUUUUAUUUAUUUUGUUCAACUACGAAAAAUCAAACUUCUGUCAUGUUUCAUAUUUAUUAUCCAUGUGAAUUAUUAUUGUUAAAGUUGUUAGUAUCUAUGUGAUUGUAAAGUUGUAAUAAACUUGUUAAAUUAAUUAUAUUACAGUAAUAUUAUUAAUGAAAAUAAUAAUUUAAUAAAUAUUCGAUUUUUUAAAAAAAAAGUUGUAUAGUCUACUAAAUGUUCAGUGGUUGUGCUUCGAAUUACUAUCAAAGAGCAUUGUAUUACACUGGCCAAUAUAAACUAACAUUUAUAGACCUUUAAACGAACGCACAUAAAUAUUAUUGUUUUU